AUGCAAUCAUUUCUUUCUUUUGUUUAUUUCUUGCUUCCUCCCUCCCUUCCUCUCUUCGUCCCUUCCUUCAUUCCUCCUUCCAUCCACUUUUUUCUUUCUUCCUUCCUUCCUCCCUUCCUUUCUUGCUUUCUUCCUUCCUUUCCUCUCUUCCUCCCUCCCUUCCAUCUUCCCUCCCUUCCAUCGUCCCUCCCUUCCUUCCUUCAUUCCUCCCUCCCAUUUCUUUCUUUCUUUCUUUCUUUCUUUCUUUCUUUCUUACUUCUUCCUUCCUUCCUUCCUUCCUUCUUUGCUUCUUUUUGCUUUCCUCCUUCCUUCCUUGCUUCUUUCCUUGCUUUCUUCUUUGCUUCCUUCCUUCCUCCUGUCCUUUCUUUCUUCCUCCCUUCUAUCCUUGCUUUCUUCCUCCCUCCCUCCGUUCCAUCUUCCCUACCUUCCUUCCUCCAUCCCUCCGUCUCAUUUUUUUCUUUCUUUCUUUCUUUCUUUCUUUCUUGCUUCUUUUUUGCUUUCUUCCUUCCUUCCUUGCUUUCUUCCAUCCUUCCUUCCUUCCAUGCUUCUUUUUACUUUCCUCCUUCCUUCCUUGCUUCUUUCCUUGUUUUCUUCUUUGCUUCCUUCCUUCCUUCAUUCCCUUUAUAUCCUCUUCUGUCCUUCUACGUCUACCUAAAUCAUAUAUCUUUCAUCUUUCUCUUUCGCUGUCACCCGUUUUCUUUCUCACUCACUCUCUCUUUUGCUCAUAUAUUCCUCUCUCUAUUUUCCCUCUGUGUCUCUCUCCUCUCUUUCUCUCUAGUCAUCAUUAUUGCUAUUUCUACGUACUCACUCACACUCUCUAUCUUUCUUACCUCUCUUUCUAUCACAUUCUUUCUCCUUCCUACCUCACAAACUCACCCUCUCUUUGCUUUCUACAUCCGACUCUCUUUAACUGUUCUCCCUUUCCCAAUUUUCUAUCACCUUUUCUCUCCUCCUCUGUCUAUCUCUCCCUCUCGAUUCUCUUUCUUUAAUUUCUAUUCCUAUCUCUCUCGUUAUUUGGCCACAGUCAAGAUUUAA